UAAGCGGAUGGUCUCUGUGUGUGUCGUAUAAAUGUGUUUGUGGAGACAUGACGGGGGCCCAAUGUUAAAUUUGAUUUCAAUAUUAAUACGAAAAAACGAAGGAAAAAAAAAAGCAAAACUGAAAUAAGAAGGAAAAAAAAGCGAAAUUCGAAAAAUCGAAAAUAAUAUCUUUGCUGGAACUUAAUUUACAUUUUACGCUCUGUUGUUUUGUGUCUAUCGCUCUUAAAUGGUGUGCAGUGCUCCAUGUAGCCGAAAAAAAAUUUAUUUUGUAUAACUAUUCCAAGACUGAGAUCAUAAUAAUUAUAUUGUGUAAUUGCCAAUGAUAUUGAAAACAAAAAUGUGUGGUGAAUAAGGCAUACAUCAUCCGUCUAUCGAUACGCGGACAGCUGUUACAAUUUCAGUUUAAUGCGAUUACGUUUUUUGAGUGUGAACAUGAAGAAAUGAGUUAAUUGAAAUUGAAUUUAACGAAAAAAGUGAAUUAAAAUUUAAAAAAAAAAUCAUUUUAUCGGUUGUGAUAUGCCGAGAUUGUGGCCUCGUUUUUCUAAUAAGAAUUUCUCGCUUCUUUGCAAUAAACCGAGACACAUCUGUGAUAUUACCGAUAUAUACAAAAAAAGUGUACAAUAGAGGAAAACGCAAUAAUACAUCAACUUCGACAUCGCGGUAAAAUUUACCGUAUGGUUUACCGGAGGAACGAAUAUUUCUUUUUCUGAACAACUUUACUGGUCAUAUUUGGUAACGUUUUUUGAGAACAUCAUCUGAAAUGGAGGUUGCAAUGAUGGAAAAUUCAUCCUCGCCCUUCCAAAGAGAAGUAAGAGAAUGGCAAAGAGUAGACCCGAACACUGGUGCCUUGCUAACAGGCCGAUUAGAAGCGGAUCGAUGGAACAACGGGUCAGACAAUAAAUACGGGAAAGUGAUAGACUCGCAAAAUGUAUCGACGCCGAAUGGUACGCAGUUAUCACAACGAAAGGAAUUAGAGGUAUUACAAGCACGCACAACAGCCGGAUCACUGCAGGUGGUUCGAUCAAGUACGAUUCAAACGUCGUCAUCCAGACGUUCGAUAUUAUCGAUGAGCGGUAACAAUGAUACAAAUGCAACAGUUUCGAACGAUAAUCGAUCAAUAUCGAAUAUUUCGAGUUUAGUUAACGACAGAAACUCAUCCAAUUCGUUAUUCAAAACCAAUUGGAAUGGAGGAAAGUCACCGUUCGGAUACGAAAGGGGAAGAAGUGCAUCCACCGAAGACGUUACUUUGGAACAAUUACGAGCAAACUCGUCGGAUUCCGACGAUGACGAACCUAUGGAAUGGAGACGAGUCAGCAAAAUCCGACGAUCAUUACAAUAUCCAAAAUCUAUGCCAAAAUUGAGUACCAGACCUACGGAUCUUCCAGCAAAUUUAGUGAACAUUUCGAAAAUUAAGCGAGACUUCGAAAGCGGUUUCAGCAGCGGCUUCUUAAAGCCUACACAAUUGAAACUUUCAUCGCCUAGUAGUGACGAUGGAAACGAAACGAACUGUAAGAGUGUGAAGAAAGCUUCAUUCAUUACAGCGGAUUCACUGCGAGAUAUUCGGGGGAAAUUGAAAAGGCUCAGCGAUGAGUCACUGUAUAAAGACGACAUUCUAGCCUCACCGGUCGAGUCAAUUAACAGUAUUAACGACGAAAUUAACACAUCCUCGCCCAGCUUGCAUAGUUCGGAAGCGAAAGUGAAAUAUCGCGAAACGAACACAGCACUAACCGACUGGCACCUGCGCAGAAAAUCGUAUGGAUUCGAAAACAUGCCAGCUGAUGGUAAGGAAAUGUCUAAAAUGGAAUCAUCAACCGACAGUGGACUGGGACGAUCCGGUGAUAUUUGGUCGUCGAUGGAAAAUAGCAAACCCAGGGGCACAAUCAUAACGCUGGGCGACAAUGAAAACAACAGCAGCAGUGUUCUGCUGAAUCGAGACACAAGUGACCAUCGUCUAUCACCGAAUGAUGAAAACGGAUACGAGAACAAGCGACAUUCGAUAGCCGUUGACGAGACGAAAUAUGUUAAAGACUCGAAGACGUUGGUCAAUCUGAAUGGUUUGCAUUCGAAGGAAUGGAACUCAUCGUCCAGCAAUUUAUUGGACGAGAAUGGUCGUCGCAUGAAACGCGUCGAAUUUUGCAAAACGGAAGUUCAUUUUGCGGCAGAGUCCGGCCGAGUGAACAUCGUGGAAACGGACGGAAAACCGCCGUCAACAAAUAAUUUCCGAAGACGACGCCGGAUCAGUGCACCGAGUUCGGCAAUGGAAACGGCCCCAACUGGUCCACUAAUGCAUUUCGGCGAUGAGAAAAUGUUCGAUCGAAAUGUGGAAAAGCCAAUCGAAAGCGAAGUGAAAGUACUCACAAACGGGCAAACCGGAGGUGAUGACGUCACUACCACCAGUACGAUCAAUGGCGACGAGGACAACGAUUUGGAUGAGAUAUCGUUGCGAGGAAUUUUGAAAAAUAAGCCAAUCAAGCCAAGGCCCUACCAUUUGGGUGAGAACAUUGAAAGUAGUCAGAAAUUGUGGGGAGUACGACUGAAGCCGACUGGCAGUGAUAUUAUAAAGUCAAAUGAUGAAAAUGAUGGAAGCAUUUUCUCCCGAAACGAAACGAAAGACGACGUGAAGCAGCCCAUAGCAUUAGGAUACUCGACUAAAGUUAAAUUGAACUCAGAUUCCCCGGUGAACUUUUCGUGGGAUAAUCAAACGCUCGAUAAAAUCCCAUCGAGCAACAGUCGAUCACCAUCCCAUGAUAAUUCGGUUCAACCGCUCAAAUCACCGGUUCUAUCCCAUUCCCAGUCAAACGAUCUAAAAUCAACGUCGCUGAUCAUGAAAACGAUCAAAUCGGCAACGCAAUUCGACGAAGCAAUGAAGAGUCUAUCCGCCUGCGAUCGCAGUUCCCUCACCCCGGAUAAACAGCCACUGAAAAGCGAUCAAGAACUCGGACUCGGUUCAUCAUUCAAGCUCGUUUCCAGUUUGAAUUCAUCAAAGUCCAGCAGUUCGUCCAGCAUUUUAUUCGAAGACUACUCGAAGGAAGAGAACGCUGCAUCGAGUGCAAUCAGUUUCGAAAACGAUUCCAGCGCGAAGAGCAUUAGAAACAAUCGUGGAAAUGUGGAAGAAGCAUCGGAUGUGAGGAAACCGAUUGCGGCGCCGAGAAUAAAGAAAAUUGGACCGUCCACUGAAUUAAGUUUGCAAUUGUCACAACUGCGACGGAUCUAUGAGGCUGCCGAUCAGUCGGUGGAAAAUGGUAAAGAAAGUGGUGAUGUCGGAGACAGUCAUUUGAAUGGAAUUAGGAAUCAGCCGGACGAAUAUACGACUGAGCUUUCGGGCAGUUGGAGCAGAAUGAAAGCUAGGCGGAAUAUGAUCAAACAGCAGCAUCAACAAUUCGGACACGAAAAUAGUGCAGAAGAGCAAUUCAAUUCAAACAAAAUGUCGAUCACAUUGCAUUCGCCGGUCGAAGGGAGCAAAAGAAUCGAGAUUCCAAUAGCGAAACCGAGAGCUAGUCCUUUCGUUCCGGUUCCGGUUCUAGACCAAUCCCCAGACACAAAGUCCAGUGACUACGAUUCCGAACCGGUUCCUUUUAGGCGCGACAAUCCACGCAAAAAUUUCACCAUCAAAUUUACAGAUAAGCAAAUCCUAAGCAAAAAUGAAUCAUUCAAACCGGCUAAUGGAGCCAGAAAGCUCAAAGAGCACGAACUUUCGUACUUUGGACUGAAUGUUACAGCUGGAAACAACAACAAGCCAUCCAACGAAUCGCCCAAGAAUCGACAUGAUGGCAAGUUAACUAGCGAUAAACCAGACUUGUUGAUAAAUCAUAGUCCAAAUGUAGAGCGUUCGCCGAAAUCGACGAUCGAUAAAAGUAAAAUUAGCACCGAAACGAACAAUCCAAUUUAUGAGAAUGUUAAGGCGAUGAAGGGAUAUGAUAGGAAGCUGGAUUUGAAGCGGGAUGAGAUGAUUUUGAAGGAAUUAAAUGCGGAAGCCGAUGAGGUUGCGAAAGAUGCACUUCUGAAGCGUGUGGAAAAGGAGAAGUCUCCGAAACGGCACCGUCAAUCGAAGCCGUUCGACACCAUCGAAGAAGAAAAAGAGAAAAUGCCGAAGAAACAAAUGGAAUCGAAGGCCGUUCAAGUAUCCCGAGGCUUCAACGAAACGUUGACUCGAAUCAAGCCGUUGAGCCGUGUAUCAUCCGCAUCGUCAUCGGAAAGUGUUUCAUCGGCCGGACGUACUCAUCGUGUCCAAUCGUCACACAAAUCGUUAACACGUACAUCGUCGGGUACGAAGUCCGUUCGAGAUGCUAGCAAAUGCAGUCGAACGAAUGGUCACAGUUCCAAGGAGGGACAUUUACGAUCAAGCCAUGGAAGUCGAUCCAGCCGCCAAACGAAUUCUUCGUCGCAUGAAAAUUCGGUUGAAGAUGUCCGAGCACGACAGAAUGGUCACAGCUCCAGAGAGGCACAUUUACGAUCAAGCCAUGGAAGUCGAUCCAGCCGUCAAACGAAUUCUUCGUCGCAUGAAAAUUCAGUUGAAGAUGUCCGAGCAAUAGUUGUCGCACCACGACGAAUUAGACGAAGCAAUGGAACCGAAGAAACUGCCAACGAAAGAGAGUCACAAAGAAAGUUAGAGAGAAAGCUUGACCAUCAUCGGACGUCAUCCUCAUCUCGUUUAACCAACGGUGAAAGAGCUUCUGGAUCCAGAAGUUCGAAUCGAUCGAAAGAGUUAGCAUCCUCAAAGGAGAAAGUUAAAUCUUCGACCAAUGAAACUGACAAAAAGCCUAACAAGACCAGUGUGACAACGACUACAACAACACACUCAAUAAAAUUGUCCCAUCCGACCCAUGUACAUCAUCAUCGGGAAAAAUCAUCACGAAUCAAACUACUAAAAUAACAGAAGUGAAAAUUAUCAAAUGCCGACCAAUGUUUAUGCGCUAGAACCUUAUAAAUACGUAUAUGCUUCGCUCAUCUUAUAUCCAACUAAAACGAAAUGAUCAUCAUGAAUAACUUGCCCUAAUUAAACUAAUUAAUGAGUUUUGAAUUUAAUUACUUUUGGAAAUAAAUAACAUCGAAGAA